UAAACUUAAAUACAUAUAUAGUACAACUCUUCAUUAAACAAUUUCAUCUACCUUAUUGUUCAGAAAAUUUCUCAAUUUUGUGAACUCUAAAAAAAAUGUCCAACCAUAAUCAUAAUCACACAUUUGCAAUUUCAUCUACCUUAUUGAUAUUUUUGUUGCUAAAUCUAUGUCAAAUCACUACAAGCCUAACACAAUUUGAAGCGUUGCUAAAUUGGAAACAAAGUCUACCUCCACAACCAAUUCUUGAUUCAUGGAUCAUUAACAACUCAAGUUCAACACAAACACCAUGUUCAUGGAGAGGUAUAACUUGUGAUUCAAAAGGAAGUGUUACAAUCAUAAACUUAGCUUAUACUGGACUUGAAGGUACUCUUAAUCACUUAAACUUAUCAGUUUUUCCAAACCUUCUUCGUCUCGAUCUUAAAACAAAUAAUCUCACCGGUGUCAUACCUGAAAACAUCGGCGUUCUUUCGAAACUCCAAUUUCUUGAUCUUUCUACUAAUUAUCUAAAUGGAACUUUGCCUCUUUCUAUAGCUAAUUUGACUCAAGUUUACGAGCUUGAUGUCUCGAGAAACGAUGUAUCAGGUAUACUAGACCCUCGUUUGUUUCCUGAUGGAACUAAUAAGCCCAGUUCCAGAACUGGGCUUAUUGGCAUCAGGAAUCUUCUUUUCCAAGAUACCCUUUUAGGCGGUCCACUACCGAUCGAAAUCGGGAAUAUAAAAAACUUGACUUUACUAGCUCUUGAUGGAAACAAUUUCUCUGGCCCAAUUCCUUCAUCUUUAGGAAACUGUAAACAUUUAAGCAUUCUUAGAUUAAAUGAAAAUCAAUUCUCUGGUCCAAUUCCACCAAGUAUUGGCAAAUUAACCAACUUAACUGAUCUUAGAUUUUUCACCAACAACCUAAAUGGAACUGUACCACAAGAAUUUGGAAACCUUUCAUCUUUGGUUGUGUUGCAUCUUGCUGAGAACAAUUUCAUUGGUGAGUUACCACCAGAAAUUUGCAAAAGUGGAAAACUUGUUAAUUUCAGUUCAGCUUACAACAGUUUCACUGGUCCAAUUCCAAGAAGUCUUAGAAACUGCCCUUCUUUGUAUAGAGUUAGAAUGGAAUACAACGAGUUAACCGGUUAUGCAGAUCAAGAUUUCGGAGUUUAUCCGAAUCUUACUUACAUAGAUUUCAGCUAUAAUAUGGUUGAAGGUGGUUUAUCUGCUAAAUGGGGUUCAUGCAAAAACUUGCAAUCACUUAAAAUGGCGGGUAAUUCGGUUAGUGGAAAAAUUCCAAGUGAGAUUUUUCAUUUGGAUCAAUUACAAGAGCUUGAUCUAUCAUUUAACCGAUUAUCGGGAACUAUUCCUUCACAAAUUGGAAAUUCUUCGACUUUGUCGAACUUAAAUUUGAAUGGAAAUAGGCUUUCUGGUAAGAUACCUAAUGAAAUUGGAAAGCUUUCGAAUUUGCAAACUUUAGACCUUUCGAUGAACACGUUGUUUGGUGAAAUUCCAGCUCAGAUAGGAGAUUGUUCGAAUUUGUUGAAUUUGAAUUUGAGUAACAAUCAUUUGAAUGGAACAAUUCCUUUCCAAAUUGGAAAUCUUGGUUCAUUACAAGACUUUUUGGAUUUGAGUUACAAUUCGAUUUCAGGGGCAAUUCCUGGUAAUAUCGGUAAGCUUUCGAGUUUGAUAAGCUUAAACAUCUCAAACAAUAAUUUAUCAGGUAAACUUCCUGAUCAAAUUAGUGGAAUGUUGAGUUUGUCAAGUCUUAAUCUUUCUAACAAUCAUUUGGAGGGUAAUGUUCCUAAAGAUGGCAUUUUCAAAUUGAACUCUUCUAAUUCAAUUGAUUUGAGCAAUAACGAAGGGCUAUGUGGUAAUUUCAAAGGUUUGAAACCUUGUAAUGUCUCACUCAUUGAUCCUAAUGGUGAUGGGAGUAACAAAAAAAAAGUUGUGAUUCCAAUUGUUGCUUCAUUAGGAGGUGUACUUUUUCUUUCAUUGAUAAUUGUUGGCAUAAUUUUGUUAUGCUAUAAGAGAAAAUCAAGAACUACAAGAACAAAGUCUUUAUUAGAUACACCAAAUCCAUUUUCAAUUUGGUAUUUCAAUGGAAGAGUUGUGUACGGCGACAUAAUCGAAGCUACAAACAAUUUCGACGACAAGCAUUGCAUAGGCGAAGGAGCGUUCGGGAAUGUUUACAAAGCCGAAUUGAAAGGUGGUCAAAUAUUCGCGGUGAAAAAGUUGAAAUGUGAUGAAGAGAAUUUAGACAAAGAAAGUAUAAAAACAUUUGAAAGUGAAGUUGAAGCUAUGACAGAAACAAGGCAUAGAAACAUUGUCAAGCUUUAUGGAUUUUGUUGUGAAGGAAUGCAUACAUUUCUUGUUUAUGAGUAUAUGGAUAGAGGAAGUUUAGCUGAUAUGUUGAAUGAUAAUAAGAAAGCAUUGGAACUUGAUUGGUUUAAAAGAUUUGAAAUUGUUAAAGGUGUUGCAAGUGCUCUUUCUUAUAUGCAUCAUGAUUGUUCUCCAAUUUUGAUUCAUAGAGAUAUAUCAAGUAAGAAUAUUUUGUUAUCAAUGGAUCUUGAAGCUCAUGUUUCAGAUUUUGGUACUGCAAGGUUUCUUAAGCCAAAUUCACCUAUUUGGACUUCAUUUGCUGGCACUUAUGGCUAUGCUGCUCCAGAGCUUGCAUACACAAUGGCAGUGACAGAGAAAUGUGAUGUAUUCAGCUUUGGUGUUUUAGCAUUUGAAAUUCUAACAGGAAAACAUCCUGGUGAUCUUGUUUCUUACAUACAAACAUCUAAUGAUCAAAAGAUAGAUUUCAAAGAGAUUUUAGACCCUCGCCUCGCUUCGCCUCCAAAGAACAUUUUGAAGGAGUUGGCAUUGGUUGCUAAUUUAGCUCUUUCUUGUUUACACACAAAUCCUCAAUCUAGACCAACCAUGAGAAGCAUUGCCCAGUUGCUAGAAAUGGAGACUGCAUUUAACACUUGAUUCAAGUUCGUUACUAACCUCUCCUGCCCUUUUUAUAAGAAACAACUUAAUUUUUAGAUUUAUUAAAAUAAUUGAUGUAUUUGGUCUAUAAUAUUAUAGACGAAAUACAUUUGUUAUUUAAUUAACCUAAAAAGUAAAUUGAUUUUUAUAAAAAUAACUCAAAGUAGUACUUUCUUUUGGUCCAUUUGGUUUGUGUAUAGAUAUUGUGUAUAUCAUAGUGCUUGUUAUUUCCUUGCUCAAAAGGCAAUAUAUGUAAUGAAAUUUGAAUGUUUUCUGGAAUUUUAGAUGUUAAUUUGAAUGUUUUCUAUGUAAAUUUCAUUGCUUGGAUAACAAACAUCGAUUUUUGUCAUCUUCCAUUCUAUCAUAGUUCAACUCACCCCACUCCGGCUUAUCCU